AAGCUUAUUGUAUUUUACUAUGAUGUAUGACAAAACCGUCAAUUCUACAGUUGCCUGAACGCACAGGCUAAACAACCGUGGAAGCUUCAAUCAUUAUUCCAACUUUUUACACGUUCGUAAUAAAGUUUUCUAGUGAAUCAUGAAUAUUCUAUAAGACAGAUCGUGGUCGACUUUAUGAAUUUAACAUAGCCGCUUCUAGUAAUUCGAUAAUGUUUUUACAAAUUGUCGGAGAAAAUGUCAUUCUAACGAUAAAAGUCGUGCACUGUACAUAUUGAAGAUAUGUGGCCAGAAAUUGUGGAAUAUUUGAAAGACGCGUCUUUGGUCGCAGAGAUUCAAAAGGCUUUCGGCGUAAGAAUACAUUAUAGAACAAAUUUAAAGGAAUAUCAUGAAGAAAACUCGACCAAAGAGACGCGCGAAAUUACAUCUCCAAAGGUUGAACACGACGUAAAUAAUUGUACGCGAAAUUCUGAAGAAUCGAGGGAAAAUGGUGCCGUUCCAAUUGCAAAAAAAUGCAUUAAUGCAACGAAUACCUGUGCUUCAUAUGAUGAACAGAAACAAUCAUUUCCCACUGCCAAUUAUGCGAAUUAUACCAUAUCAAAUUACUUUUGGUAUUAUCUGUUUCUGUUUGGUACACAAUUAGGAGAUGAAUUAUUUUAUUCUACAUUUAUUCCAUUUUGGUUUUGGAAUAUUGAUGGGGCUGUGGGUAGAAGAGUUGUUUUAGUGUGGACACUUAUUAUGACCACAGGUCAAAUAUUAAAAGAUGUUAUAUGUUGGCCAAGACCUGCAUGUCCUCCAGCAGUUCGAUUGCAAACAAAAUGGUCAGAAGAAUAUGGUAUGCCAUCUACCCAUGCCAUGAUUGGUGUAUCAAUUCCAUUCAGUGUACUAUUAUUUACAAUGAAUAGAUAUAUUUAUCCUGUGUCUAUUGGUUGGACAAUUGCUUUUCUUUGGUGUACACUAGUGUGUAUGAGCAGGCUGUAUUUGGGCAUGCACACAGUGUUAGACAUUCUCGCAGGCUUAAUAUUAGCCAUUGCAUUAAUGAUUUUACUAAUACCCUUAGUCGAUGUGACAGACUAUUAUAUCAUUUCUAAUAUUUGGGCUUUAGCGGCUUUGAUUACUUUUAGCAUAAUUGUCAUAGUUUAUUAUCCAACCAGCAGAAAAUGGACACCAACCAGAGGAGACACCAGUAUGGUGAUAUCUGUCACAAUGGGAGUUCAUUUUGGGGCAUGGCUUAAUUAUAAGACUGGAGUCAUGAUAACUCCCUCAAAACCACCACCAUAUCAUAUUUUAUGGCCUACAAAUGCAAUGCUUGGUUACUUGAUACUUAGAACAAUACUUGGAUUUUGCAGCAUUCUUGCAACAAGAGUUGUCUGCAAAUCUCUUAGUUAUAGAACAAUGUGUGCCAUAUUAAAAAUCAAUUCCAAAGAUCUUAUGAGAAGUCAAAAUUGCUCAAAAAAUAAAAAUAAGGUUCUUAUUGAGCUAGUCCAAAAGUAUGUAACUUGUUUUAUGAUAGGUUUAAAUACAGUAUAUCUCUUGCCAAAUAUUUUCACCAUGAUUGGAAUCGAACGGCCGACAUUUUACACAGAGAUAUAAAAUGACUAUGAACCUGAAUGAUUAAAAUGGUAUACUACAUUUCUGGAAUUUGUGUAUGCCAUAAAAUGCAAUUAUCAUUGUCACAAAUGUUGCUACAUUCCACUACCAGUGCUUGUGAUAUUCUUUUUAUGUAAAUGAA